AUGGACUCAACUCAACACUGCUCAUUUGCAGGAGAGAGAGAGAGAGAGAGAGAGCGCGCGCUGAUUUGUACAAGCUGGCGCGCGCUUGUUUUCAGCACCAUGGAGAGCAACACCUGCUUAACAAAAAGGACUAAAACACAAAGAAAUGUACUGUUCCGUUUUCAUGCAUUGGGUUUGGUUCGAGAAUAUGUUGCUAUGCACGGUGCAGCCCCCCGAAAAAACACGAUGACAUCAGCUGCAGCUUAUGUGGUUAAAGUGACGUAAAGACUGAUGACAGCAUUGUUGUGUCCAUGUCCAAAGUGUGAGAAACAAUCAUCGACUUGUUUGCAGACACUGUGCCACAGAGGAUAUUGGUCCUGAAGGUCUACCCUGCUGUUGUGUUUUUUUAUGUCACGUAAACGCUGCUCAGUGGAGAGCUAUAGCUUCGUUUCUGCGCUGAUAUGUGCUCACAGAAAACUAAUAAAGUUCAAUCAAACAGGUGUGGAAAUGAUUCCAUCAAGUGUUUGUUUCCCCUCACACUUGACUGAAGGUGUGUGAUCGACAUUUUAAGUGUCAUGUUUAUUUCCGAUUGGGCGGCUGGUUGGACGUAUGUCAGACAUAUGCGCGCCGUGGGCGGGUGUCGACGUGUUUGUAAAAAAAAAAAAAAAAAAAAAAAAAAAAGGGAAAAGGCGGAGGGGAGUGCAGCGGCUCAGUGUGUGGAUACGCGCAGAUAGGUGAUGGUAAGAAGAGAUGUGAGUGGCGUCGGCCGCAGCUUCCCAAAGCUGUAGGCUUUGGCUGGGAGAGGCUUGGCACACUCUGCCUCUCUGGACCCACAAAAAAAAAACCCACCUGUAUGGAUGAUCAGAACUACAGUGUGAUCCAUACGCUUUCACCUGCCAGGAGCACGGGCAACAACACCACAGAGAGCCGGGGUUAUGAGGUGGAGAGGGGCGUCAUGACGGUGGAAAACAUGCUGGAGGACACCGCCGUCCUCUCGGCCCCUCACCUGUCCGUGGAUCGAUACGAGCGCAGCCGCCAGGGAUGCUGCGAGCGCGUGGUGAUCAACAUUUCGGGUUUACGCUUCGAGACGCAACUGAAAACUUUCAACCAGUUUCCAGAAACGCUGCUGGGGGAUCCGAGGAAAAGGAUGCGCUACUUUGACCCACUGAGGAACGAGUACUUCUUUGACAGGAACAGACCCAGCUUUGAUGCCAUCCUAUACUACUACCAGUCAGGGGGGCGCAUACGGAGACCUGUUAACGUCCCCAUUGAUAUUUUCUCUGAGGAGAUCCGCUUCUAUCAGCUCGGGGAGGAGGCCAUGGAGAAAUUCCGCGACGAUGAAGGGUUUAUAAAAGAAGAGGAGCGCGUGCUGCCCAAACAUGAGUUCCAAAAGGAGGUUUGGCUUCUAUUUGAGUAUCCUGAGAGCUCGGGGCCAGCUCGGGGGAUCGCGAUCGUGUCAGUGCUUGUUAUUUUGAUUUCCAUUGUGAUUUUCUGCAUUGAGACUCUUCCCGAGUUCAGGGACGAGAGGGACCAAGCCACAGUGGCACCCACGGUAAAUGGCACGGCCCCCCACGUGCCGAACCCGUUCACAGACCCCUUCUUCGUCAUAGAGACUCUGUGCAUCAUUUGGUUCUCUUUCGAGUUGCUGGUUCGGUUCUUCGCCUGCCCCAGCAAAACGACCUUUUCCAAAAACAUCAUGAAUAUCAUUGAUAUCGUGGCCAUCAUCCCCUACUUUAUCACUCUGGGGACCGAGCUGGCCGAGACGCAGACCAACAGCGGGCAGCAGGCCAUGUCUCUCGCCAUCCUGAGGGUGAUCAGGCUGGUGAGGGUCUUCCGCAUCUUUAAGUUGUCACGACACUCAAAGGGACUUCAGAUUUUGGGUCAGACACUCAAAGCGAGCAUGAGGGAGCUCGGCUUGCUCAUCUUUUUCCUCUUCAUCGGAGUUAUCCUCUUCUCAAGCGCGGUUUACUUUGCAGAAGCGGACGACCCCACGUCCAGCUUCACCAGCAUCCCAGACGCGUUUUGGUGGGCAGUGGUUACCAUGACUACAGUGGGAUACGGGGACAUGCAUCCGGUGACCAUCGGGGGUAAAGUAGUGGGGUCUCUGUGCGCAAUAGCAGGCGUGUUGACCAUCGCCUUGCCCGUGCCGGUGAUUGUGUCCAACUUCAACUACUUCUACCACAGGGAGACGGACGGAGAGGAGCACCCGCAGUACGUGCACACGGACAGCUGUGAGCACCUCCCCGCCGAGGAGCUGAGGAGGUCGUGCAGCUCCUCGUCUCUCAGCAAGUCCGAGUACAUGGUGAUAGAGGAGGGCAUCAACAGCGCGUUCAAACAGCCCAACUUCAGCACCGAGAACAACCAAAACUGCGUGAACAUCAAAAAGAUCUUCACAGACGUGUAGCACUUAAAUGAGCCACACGCGGGAUCAUUUGUGGAGCAUGAAGACAUAGUAGCUAUAAUAUUAUUUUUAUAUUUAAUCAACCAUUACGUGUCAGUCCAUAUCUGUGGGUGAGCGCUGCGUAAAUGUCCAUUUUAACAAGCUUUGUCGUUAAAUUUAAUAAUGAGGAAUUCAGAUUCUACAUGUUUCCAGUGUAGAUUCACGUGUUUGGAGUAUUUCUCACAAGUAUUCACAUGACCUAUAAAAACAUUUGCACUGGAAACGUGUAAUUAAAAAGUUAUUGUCUUGUUAAAACCGACAUUUUUUGCAGUGUCUAGCCUUGUGCCACUCGAUGCCUACAUAUCUUUAUGUAAAUGCGGAAGUUGUUGAUGUUUAUGAUUGGGAUAUACACGUGUAGCAUAGUCUAUAUUUGCAUUUACCCGCCAGUCUUAAAAAACGACGUCUUGUGCUUCGUGCAGAGAAAAUAAGUUUAAAUGUCCAGUAACGUAAUAAAUAAUAAACUAUAGUAAUUUAUAUAGCCCAAAUACCUGUUAAGGUUAUAUUUAAUAUCAUAACCUGUCCAGAUGUCGGACUCUGAGUCUUGUGCAGAUUGUUAUUCAGGUAAUAACACUACGUGGUGGAAACGCUUAUCAUGAACAAUAAGUCGAGCUUUUCAUAAAAUUGUAUUUUUUACUCACAACUGCCUAUAUUAAAUAAACCAGAAAUGAGAAGGUC